AGUGUGACAAAUUUGAAUUGGCUUUUUGUCAUUAACUCGAUUGAGAGCUCGAGCACUCGAGAUUGAGGGGGAAGAGUCAAUAGCGAUACAUAAGAGUCUCUGAAAAAGUUUUUUUCCAUCAAGAACUAGUGGGGUGAGAGAUCUCUCCCCACACCCGGUAGAAGAUAACGCCAGAGAAUGGGAAUCAUUUGAGUUGUAUUCGAGAGACGAGAUGAGUGCUGGAAAGCGAUCCAAAUUAAAAGUGCCGAUCGUCAAGAGCCCUUCUCAAAGUGGGACCAGAAUUGGAACCAAGGUGGAACAUGAUAUCUUUGAAGAGGAAGCUCUUGAGGCUUUGAAGAAGCAAGAGGAAAAUGAGAUGGAACAGCUUCCACGAAUUGGAACAAUGAAAGCGAAAUCUGCAGUCGACUUAUUCGUUGUGUCUGAGCAAGAAUACAAUCCUAUAUUAAGACGGAAGCAAAGUGAAUUGAACCAGAAAAAGGACGAUAUUUCACCCAAGAUUAACGUAGGUCCAAUCAGACCAACCGUCCCCAAAUCUUCAAAUUUAGGUGAUCUUUUUGAGAAACAUGACGAUGAAGACAACCACCACAUUGUUGAUAGAGUUGACAACCUGAGUUCCGAGGACAUUGCCGAAUACAUUGCAAAAUAUGAGAAGUGACCCUCUCAAGAGGAUGUUCCACUUUCCCCAGCUUUCGCCAGAUGGGGACAAUAAUGGAACACACGUUCACCAGAGAUCAUACACGAAAGCAGUGCCAUCAAGCGGCGGAAAACAAAAUAUACUACGUUUCUAAAAAAAGCGUCAUUGUGUCAUGGGCUGGAAAAUAAAGGACAGGUUUGAGCCUUCAAAAUAAU